AGCCGCGGUGUGAUCGCCGGCGCUCACGUGCUGGAGAUGGCGGCGGACCCUCUGCCUGCGUCCGCAAUGGCUCGGCCGGGAACUCUGAACCUCAAUAACGAGGUUGUGAAGAUGAGGAAAGAGGUGAAGCGAGUCCGAGUGCUGGUUAUCCGAAAACUCGUACGGAGUGUUGGCAGACUCAAGUCCAAAAAGGGCACUGAAGAUGCACUCUUGAAAAACCAAAGACGAGCCCAAAGGUUGCUUGAAGAAAUCCAUGCCAUGAAGGAAUUGAAACCUGAUAUCAUAACUAAAUCCGCUCUUGAUGAUGAUAUCAACUUUGAAAAAACUUGCAAAAAGCCAGAUUCAACCGCAACUGAAAGAGCAAUUGCCAGGUUAGCAGUUCACCCUCUUCUGAAGAAAAAAAUAGAUGUGCUAAAAGCUGCCGUACAAGCCUUCAAAGAUGCCAGGCACCAUGCUCCUGAGGCUGAGUCAUCAAAGGAUACUUCAGAAGAAAGCCAGUGCAAGGAUACUCUGCGUUCAACAGAUGAUGCAGGGCAGGUACAGCAUCGUGAGAGAACUGUUGUCAGUGAGCAGAGAGGAAAGGAUGCCAAAACGGUAGCAAAGAAAGCAGUAAGUGAUUCCAGAGAAAAAAUGGCCAAGAGAGAUGACGGACCCAAAGCAGUGGCCACUCCAUGUUCUCCAGGGACGCCUUCAGGAAAGGGUGCUGUGGUUACCUCUGCACCCCAGAAGGCACCUGCUGACUCAAACCAGAAAGUCUCAACCAAAAGCACACAGAGAGAGAGUGAGGGCACCCCUGGCCGGAACAGUGACAGUGAGGAAGAGUUGAGUGAGGAGGACAAGGAGUACUUCGACGACAGCACUGAGGAGAGGUUCUACAAACAGUCUUCCGUGUCCGAGGACAGCGACAGCGGUGAUGACUUCUUCAUCGGAAAAGUGAAACGGACACGAAAGAAGGACUGUAGUGUCCGGUCCUCGGCGAAGGACCAGAGGCCCCUCCCAAAGAUGUCACCUAAAACACAUACACUUGAAACCAAUUGGGGUGUAAGAAAUGAUCAACACAAGCUGAUUCCAGAAGCCAGGAAGUUAGAAUCCGUGUUUUUUCAUUCUUUAUCUGGACCUAAAAGCUCCAGAAGGGAUUCCAGAGAACAGGCCCCAAAGAAUAAAGCUCCAGAUUUUCCAGAAGAUGAACCUCCAAUCAGGAGUCAGUUUACAAAGAGUGCAGGAAGAAGGUUUGAGAGUAGGAAGCAGCAGGAGCCAGCUCCUCUGCAUCCUUCAUGGGAAGCGAGCAGGAGGCGGAAAGAGCAGCAGUCCAAAAUCACUGUCUUUCAGGGGAAGAAAAUCACAUUUGAUGAUUGAUUGCUUGCUGCUUUUCUGAGCUUUCUGUCAAAAGUUUUUUUAUUUUUAUUUUUUAACUAACCUAUUAUUUAAAUAAGUCUCUUUGAAAGAGUUAUAAAAUAUAUUGCUUGUUUUUCCUUUUUUGUGUGAUUUUGGGAUAUGUUUACAUAAUCUUUUACAGAUCUCUGAAUUUGUUUCAUAAGAGUGCUUGCCCCAAAUUAUUUCUUCUAUAAGAUAAUUUAGAGAUUGCCAUCCAUGAUUAUGAAAUAUAUUUCACUAGUUCAACUUUGCCUGUUGCCUUGAAAAUGAGGCAAAAACAGGGCUGAUGAGAUGGCUCACUUCCUGCAAAGCCUCCUGACCUGAUUUUGACCCCUGAGGUUCCCAUGGUGGAAUGACAGAACCAACUCACAAAAAUUGUUCUCUGCACGUGCACAGUGUGGCACAUGUGUGUGUAUGCACACACUCACACAAUAAUGUCAAAAAAUGUAAAGAUAUUUAAAAUAAUAGUGGAAAAAUGAAUCAUGACUACUCAAAAAUAGAUAUAUUUGUUAGAAGUUAUUUUUAUAAGCAAAACAAAUGGUAAUUUUUAUUGUGGUUAUAGCGAUAAUAUAAAUUAAAUACUAAUUUUUCAAACUUGUAGUUACUUAUGACCUUAUCUGUGUAGUGUUUAAGCAACUUGUUUAUGUAUAGUAACCAAAAUGAGUUCUGUAUAUCCCUGCAAUAAGUAUUUCCAUUAAAUGAAGAAUGGUUAUCUAGAAUCCUAGUUUCUUCCGUCCACUUUGUGUUAACAAAGAGCAAGUACUAGAUACAAAAUGUUGGUGAUAAAGGAAAGAAGUGCAUGAUGUCUAGUUAUUUUAGCCAUAUGUUGCUUUUGGGGGGCACAGUACUGGGAAUUGAACCUAUGCAUCCUAGGUCUUCUGCAUGUGCUCUCACUGAGGAGCUUGCUGUGUGACUCAGGCUAGCCUUGGAUUUUACUUUCCCCAGUGCUGGGAAGGCAGGUGUUCCACCACACCUUGCAUUGAAAUGUUUGUUAAGAGUCCUCAAUGGCUAACUUGAAGGAUAAAUUCUAGAAGAAGGUGGGAUUGGACUGGCUGAGUAGAGGAGCUGUGACUCCUGAAGAACCGUCUGUCUACUUCCUACAGUACUCUAAAGGAAGAGGACUUUUUGUAAGGUCUUUAAUCAUGUGCCCUUUUACUACUGUGGAAGACAUGAAAGGUCAUUGGUUAAAGAACGCUUACUGAAUUCCAUGUUGCCUUCAGGUUAGUGCUAUUAGAAGAAGGUGCGGCCUUCCACUUAGCCUGCAAACCAAGCUACCAAGUCCAGGUUCUAUUUUACAAGCUUAGGAAUGUGAGUAGCUAGAACAGUGGAAUUCAGAUUGUGGUGUAGAUGUGGGGUUUUUUUGCUUCAGUCUAUACAUCAUUCCAUGUGUGUGUGUGCACGUGCGCAUGCACACACACACUGAAAGAAAAAUGUUUGUGUGUACCUCAGACUUACUCAAACUAAAGUUGGGAGUGCUUUUAACAGAUUUGCUAGUCUGCCUGAGUGUUUCUCCAGCUAGGAGUCAGAGAUGGUCCACCUAAGAGUUAGAAGCCAACUUUACAUUUACUGCUAGUUUGUUACAUGGAGACUUUACAGUGGCAGUGAAUUAUCUUAGACCCUGGUUUCCUCCUGCUUUGCUGCAGUGACUCCAGGUAGACCAGCUGCUGGUGUAGGGUAGGACUUCUUAGUUACUGAUGACUGCUCUUACUAUCUGGAGAUGUUGAGGUUAUUACAUGAAAGGUACUACAGCUAUCAGGUAUAGUCUAGACACACUGCUGAACUCUGUCUAGCAGUAAAAAUUCUGUUUUUUUAGCCUAAAAUGUUAUGAUUCAAAAGUUGAAAAACCCUGGUUUAUGUAAGCUCUUAUCACCUUACUGUAAUAUUAUUCCAGUACCACAACCUGAUUUCAAGUCUUCCUGUUGUUAGGAUCACAAACUGCCUGGGCCUGUGUGAGCUCCUAUACAUUGCAUAGACUGCCUACCAGAUCCU